GUAUAAAAGCUGAUGCUACGCCACAAUAACGAUAGAAACGAAGUGAAUCUUCCAGUAUUACGAACUCGAAUAAAACGAAUAUUAAUACUUCAAUAAUGUCUGCGAAAAUCGUUCUAGUUAUUUGUGCACUGGUUGCCAUGGUAUCAGCAGUUCCCGCCCAACCCGGUGCAGGAGUAGCUGGCUGGGGUGGUGGUGCUGGGUGGGGAGCCGGUGGUGGAGCAGGCUGGGGCGCCGGAGCCGCCAACCCUUGGAUUCCCCCAUGGCUAGCAGGCGCCCCCUGGUUCCCUCAGUGGACUCCUUGCACCACAGUUGGUAGCUCCUGCGUGGACUGCUCGACCAGGCUGGUGUGCACUAAGAUUGGUGGUCUUCAACGUGCCUGCACGGACCCUACACUGCCGUACUGCAACUUGGGAGAGUGCUCCGCCACGCCCGCUGAAGGCUGUGGAGUGCCCGCUGCCGCUCCCCGUGCCGCCGGCGCUGUCUAAACCUUCUUGAAUACUCAUACUCCUUAACGGCUCACAAUCUCUAUGAAUUUUUCUAAUAAAAUUGUUGCAUUGCAAUCUAAAACAAUUUGUGUAUUCUAUUAUAAAAAUCGUUAAUUCCAGUCAUUGAUUUGUAAAAGCUUUCACAUAUAUUAUUUAUAUUUACUUUUUUUUUAUUUAUCAAAUCCGAUCUGAAUAAUAAAUUAUUUUGAAAUUA